CCCACUGCCCGGCCGACUCUGGGGCUCUGGAUCAAAAUGGCGGCGGCCGGAGCGGAACCGGGAGGGAGCGGGUGGUGUUGAGCGGGGAGGAUGGCGGCGGUGGCCGCCGGCUACCGGAGAAAUGGAGGAACAGAAUGCUGGACCUGGAACUGAAGAUUUUUAAAGGAUUAUGGGAUUAUACGUGGAAGAGCCAGCAGGCGGAAUGCCUGAAUGACUGAAGAACAUGGGUGCUAAUGCAUCUAACUACCCUCACUCGUGUUCCCCAAGGGUAGGGGGAAAUUCACAGGCACAACAGACAUUCAUAGGGACAUCAUCCUACUCUCAUCAAGGUUACGGCUGUGAAUCGAAGUUGUAUAGCCUUGACCAUGGCCACGAGAAACCUCAAGACAAGAAAAAGAAAACCUCUGGCCUUGCCACUCUCAAAAAGAAAUUCAUUAAGCGUCGGAAAUCGAGCCGAUCUGCUGAUCACGCCAAGCAGAUGCGUGAACUCCUCUCAGGCUGGGAUGUCAGAGAUGUUAAUGCGUUGGUAGAAGAGUACGAAGGGACAUCAGCCUUAAAGGAACUUUAUCUACAAGCUAAUUUGGCAAGACCAGAAGCCAGGACGCUACAAAAAGACAUGGCUGAACUUUAUCAGUACAAGUAUUGUACUGAUGUAGACUUAAUAUUUCAAGAAACUUGUUUUCCUGUGCAUCGGGCGAUACUAGCGGCCAGGUGUCCAUUUUUUAAGACGCUGCUUUCUUCCUCACCAGAAUAUGGGGCUGAAAUAAUAAUGGAUAUUAACACAGCUGGCAUAGAUAUGCCAAUGUUUUCUGCUUUGUUACACUACCUUUAUACAGGCGAGUUUGGGAUGGAGGAUUCAAGAUUCCAAAAUGUUGAUAUCCUCGUGCAGCUUAGUGAAGAAUUUGGAACCCCAAAUUCCUUAGAUGUUGACAUGCGUGCGCUGUUUGAUUACAUGUGCUACUACGAUGUGGUUCUUAGUUUUUCAUCCAAUUCUGACUUGGUUGAAACUUUUGGUGGAAGUCAGAACUGCCUAGAUGAGGAGCUCAGAGCUCACAAAGCUAUUAUUUCAUCACGAUCUCCUUUUUUUCGCCACUUGCUGCAGAGGAGGAUACGAACUGGUGAAGAAAUCACAGACCGAACUCUACGAACUCCAACUAGAAUUAUAUUGGAUGAAUCUAUCAUACCAAAAAAAUAUGCUAAGGUCAUUUUGAACUGUAUGUAUACAGAUGUGGUGGACCUCUCAGUUUUGCACUCUAGCCCAUCAGUGGGCAGUUUAAGUGAAGUUCAAGCUCUUGUAGCAGGAAAAAUAAACAUGACUAGGGCUGAAGAAGCUAUGGAGCUUUAUCACAUAGCACUGUUCUUGGAGUUUAACAUGCUUGCACAAGGCUGUGAAGAUAUUAUUGCUGAGAGCAUCUCACUAGACACCUUAAUUGCCAUCCUGAAGUGGAGCUCUCAGCCGUACGGUUCCAAGUGGGUACAUCGACAAGCACUACAUUUCCUCUGUGAGGAGUUUACCCAGGUCAUGACUUCAGAUGUCUUCUAUGAACUCAGCAAGGACCACCUGCUCACAGCUAUUCAGUCUGACUAUUUACAGGCAAGUGAACAAGAUAUUCUUAAAUAUCUGAUUAAAUGGGGAGAACACCAGUUGAUGAAGAGAAUAGCAGAUCGAGAGCCUAAUUUACUCAGUGGUACUGCUCACAGUGUGAAUAAAAGGGGUGUGAAGAGGAGAGAUCUUGACAUUGAGGAGCUGAGAGAGAUUCUGUCUCCACUUCUACCUUUUGUCCGCAUUGAGCACAUCUUACCCAUGAAUAGUGAAGUACUGAGUGAUGCAAUGAAGAGAGGCCUGAUUAGUACUCCUCCUUCAGACAUGCUACCAACAUCAGAAGGUGGAAAGUCAAACGCCUGGCUGCGGCAAAAAAAUGCUGGAAUAUAUGUGCGGCCAAGACUGUUCUUGCCAUACGUGGAGGAGGCUAAGUCAGUGCUGGAUGAGAUGAUGGUGGAACAAACCGAUCUCGUUCGUCUGCGGAUGGUGCGAAUGUCCAACGUGCCCGACACCCUUUACAUGGUGAACAACGCGGUGCCACAGUGCUGUCACAUGAUUACCCACCAGCAAGUCAGCACUAACCAGGCCAGUCCUCCUUCAGUUAUAGCCAAUGAGAUCCCAGUUCCCAGUCUCCUUGUUGUGAAGGAGAUGAUCAAACGGCUGCAGGAGCUGCGUCACACCGAGCAGGUGCAGAGAGCUUAUGCUCUGAACUGUGGAGAAGGUGCCACAGUCAGCUACGAGAUUCAGAUUCGUGUGCUGCGGGAAUUUGGACUUUCUGAUGCUGCUGCUGAACUUUUGCAGAAUCCUCACAAAUUCUUUCCUGAUGAGCGAUUUGGGGAUGAAAGCCCACUCCUGACUGUGAGGCAGUCUGGACGAUGUCGCGUUAACAGCACUCCCGCCGUAGAAACCAUGUUUACAGAACUGGACUCUUUUGUGGCCUUCCAUCCACCAUUGCCCCCUCCUCCACCUCCAUACCACCCACCAGCAACUCCUAUUCAUAACCAGUUCAAAGUGGGCUUGAAACAAAGGGUGCCAAGUCAACAUCCCUCCCGUUCCUUUUCUUACCCCUGUAAUCACUCAGUGUUCCACUCCCGCACCGCUCCCAAGGUCGCCCCGCCUGUCUACUUGCCCGCUGUCAAAGCAGCACCUCCUGACUGCACCAACACUGCAGGUCUGGGGAGACAAACGGUGGCUGCAGCAGCAGCAGUGAUGGCAGCUGACAAGCAAGUAUGUACUCAGCCCUUACUGAAUGAACUGAUGCCAGAUAUCGCAAUGGGUGUCUCAGCAAUGUCUUUAAAAGACAGAAGAUUACCCGAGCUCACAGUCGACACAGAACUAAGCCAGACGGUUACAGAGGUAGGGCCCGGUCCCCCGCAGCACAUUUCAUGUAUUCAGAACAGACACAUGCCCACUUCUCGAAAGAAACAUGCAAUAGAGCAAAAAAUAGAUGCUCGAGAAAAUCAGCAGGAAUAUCCUGACUUCUACGACUUCUCCAAUGCUGCAUGCAGACCCUCUACUCCAGCACCCAACAGGCACAGCCCUUCGCCUUCACAAGGCAUCUAUUUUGGCCCAGAUUUGUACAGCCACAACAAGGCAUCACCAAGUGGCUUAAAGUCAGCCUACCUACCUUCCCAGAUAUCUCCCAAAAAGCAAGAGGACUCUAGGAGGGAAUACCUGCUCUCCCAAGAUGGGCAUCAACACAGACAAAAGAAUGAGCCAAUACACCUCGAUGUCUUAGAACAACCUCCCCAGCGACUGGACUUGGCAUUGGCUGCCCAGGAAAAUGCUGGUAAUGGCCCAGUUCACAUCAGGGGCAGAACAAAAAUGGAAACAGAUUUAACCUAUGGGCUAACCUCCAACAGACCUUCACUCUCUGCGUACACCUCUGAAAUGCCAGAAGAGAGACCCAGUAGGAGAAUGGCAGAUGAUGAGCCAUUGGAACAUGGGGCACAGAGAAAUGCAGAUUUGGAAAGGGAAGAUGCAGUAAGCAGAGGAAGGAGGUCUCCAAACAAACCAGACUUCCUGUAUAAAAAAUCUGCCCUAUGAAAUAAACCUCCACUAUUUCUCUGUGCCUAAGAGUUGUAAACAUCCCAUUUUUGCAACUUUUGGCCUGACUUCUGUCAGACAAAUUCAUUCAUGCCAGCAGAAAAUUCAGUUUCAUUCACUUCUUUUGUACAUACAUUGCUUUAUUAGAGACAGCAUGUUACCAGUUUAUUUUUAAUGCUGCUUUUGGUUUUACCUUGUGGGAACUUUUUUGUUUUGAGCAAAAUUAAUUAAGCCUUUAAAAAAAAAAAAAAAGCUGGUACCUUUUUUCUACAACCUGGUAGCCUUUUGCACCUGUACAUCUAUUUUAGUGUAUCAGUUUUGUACUAAUAUGUUGAACUUUACUGUCACAUUUAAAGGACUGUAUUUUCAUACUUUUGCAUUUUCCCUUUCACCUGCCAGUUCCCUAUGUGCAUUGGGUUGCACAUUAUGAAAUGUAUUUUCUUAUGAGAUAGUAACAAUGUGUUUAUUUUUUAAUUAUAGUAAUUCCAAAGAACAGCACAUCAAAAUACUACAUUUUUCAUUAGAUUUUUUUGUUUGUUUGUUUAGAUCUAAAAUCUUCCUGAUUUCUAUGAUUACAGCAAGAAUCCGGUCUAAUAUUUUGUAGCUGGACUUUGUCUAGAAAGCCCACUUGGAGAAUUAUAUUUGGGUUUUUAAGCAUCCAGGGGGAUAUUUAGGAGUCCAAAUUCCAGCAAAAUUCACUGGGGUAUGACACUGAUUCUGUUUGCUUUCUGGUUUAGCUGUGGCCAUGGAGAACUCCGUUAUCACCCAGAAGCACUUAUUAGACAGACUAGAAUUGUUCCUUUGCCCAUGCAGAAAUAAAUAUAGAAAUACUGUAAAACAGUGAUAACUGUAAAAAAGAGAGAACUUGUUUUUCCAGCUACCCAUACAUGGUGGGAAGACCGGAGUUGAGGAUUAAUGCUAAAUCCUGAAGCAUCAGGAAGACAAGGCAUAAUAUCUUUGCUGUUGCCUGCAUGGUAACCUUCCACUUGAGAAGGGUUUUCUCUCCAACAGAGGUGCUGAGGUGACUGCUCAUUGCCUUGCUUUCUCCUGCCUAUGAUUUUAAAAAGGGCUUCACUCUCAGUGAUGUGAUUCAGUGUUCCUUACCUGAUCUGAAGUGUUGCUGACUUCAUAACUGCAGCUGUUCUGUGAACAAAAUCAACGUGAAAAGUAACUGUUCUAACAUCAUGAAAUGUCCAAAGCUUUAGCACUCUUAAAUUACACUUCCAUUUCCCCAACUUCUAUGUUUUUAAAGCACAGAUGUGAGGUUCAUGCUGUUAACGUGAUAUGAAGAGGGAAUUAUAGUGAUCUGGGCUGGCUCCCUGCCACUGCAUUGGGGUUAACCAAUGUAAUGGUUUUGAUGACUGUAAUUAUUAAGUGUAUCCUUAAUACUUACCAUGCAGUUUUUACCACAAGUUCAUUGAAUUUAGCAUAGGGAUCUGAUGCUACUGCAGUGUAGUGAUUACUGGUAAAGGCCUAUUGCUUGGUUUUGGUUUUUUUAAAUGCAGUUUCUAUAAUGAAGACUUUCCAUAUAGUAGAAAACUUUUACCAUAGAUGUGAGCUAACAGGUACUUUAAGAUUAGGUUGAGUUGUUCCCAGCAGUUCAAAACGCUGAAUGCUAAUUAAAUAGAAAUCUUGCUGCAACUUCACUUUUAGUUGAUGGCAGAUUCUUAUCUGAACUGUUUCAUUAAAGUAUGCAAGGCCUGGUAACAACUACACAAUGUUAUUGAAAUGUAAUGAAUACUGCAUUUCCAGACUACCAAGUAGCAGCUAGAUAAAUGAAGAUACAAGUGUUUGAACCAAUAAAUCCUAAUGUCUCAUGCAUACACUUCUGCAGGCCUUUGCUUCUAGGAAAGCUCUGCAGACACUGCUUUCGAGAUGCAGCUGUGGAAAGCAUGGUGUAGGACUGGAGGGGAAAUUUAGCUGAGCUGUGUGGAUGAUGUGUCUUGUGGGUGAGGGGAGAUGUGGUUUGGUUUUGUCCCCUCUGUCAGCCCUUUUCAUCUGUUUGGGUUUUUUGGUUUUGUUUUUUUACCACAGAGAAGACACUUGGUGGUCCUGGCCUGAUCACCAAGAUACAGUAUUUCCAUGGGACUGCAGCGUAGAACAUUGUUAAAUGCAAGAAGGUGUGAGUGGGGGGACGGUGCUGCUGCAGGUUAGGGACUGAGGUUCAUUGGGUUUCCUCUGAAGAUAUGAGCACAGUGCUGUCUGACUGCCUGGCUCUAACCAGACACUUGGUCUUGUGUGCACCAGCACUAGAAGCAUUAACUUUCAUCACAUAGAAAAAAUCUCAAAACUCACUGCGCUUGCAUCAUAUGUAUGUUGGUAGCUUAAUUACUAAAAUGUCAUAGCUGUCCUCAGAAGACUUACUGUUCUGGAUAAUUUAUUUUUACCUGAAAUCAAUAGAUGUACUUGGAGAAAACUAUUUAUGUUACCCUAGUUUGAUGUUAUACUGUGUGCCUGGACAGAGAUGGGGCUGAAAUCUGCAGAUGUAUCUUUUAAGCUUGAAAUCUGUGGGAAUGUGUCUGGUGAAGACUGAGAAGUUUUGGGGUUAUGGCUUGAGGGAAAUUAUGAAAUACUUUGGAAUAAGCUGGUAAGAAAUGCCUCUGGGGGGACAGGUCUGCAUUUUAGAAUACGAAAUUGCUUCUGAAAUCUCAGAAGUUGAGCAGUAUUAAAAAGAGAAUAAAGUGUUUAAAAGUAGGUGCAAAAUAAAAGUCCUUCUGAGGCCACAAAGACAAUCAGGCCAUGUAGACAAUCUGCAUUUUCACUUGUAUAUUUUGAGUUGGGAAGAAGGUAGCAGCUUACAGCAGCUGCUUUGAAGUGAGAAAGAAGGAUUUUAUCAAAUUACUGGAAUUGUAUUUUUGUACUCCAGUCUAGGAUUCACUAAGUUUACUUAGUUGGAUGUGCAGAGGGAGGGGAGGAAGACCAUCUUUAUUUUUCAUGGACGCAUUAUUCAGAAGCUGUUGUUCAUACUACGUCUCACUUGCACAACACACAUACCUGUGCUACCUGCUACUUCUUGUUCUCUGUCUACUCAAACUUUGGUGCAGAAGCUCCUUGUUUACAUGAAGCACUUUCUCAUUAGGCUGGAAAUUAACAUCUUUUUUUCCUGUAAAUUUGAUGGAGAUAACAGAUUACUGGCUAUAUAUUUUGCUUGAGAAUAGAGGUAUAAUCAUUGUUUUCAUGAAUGAGGAAGACUUGUGCUCCUUGUUCUAUUGAGAGCUCACGCUACCAUUUAGUGAGCAACAUGCAAAAACUUCUUAUUCCCUUUUCCCUGACCCCCUCCUCUUUUCCUUGAUAUAUGGAUAAAUAACUUAAUUCCUGAAACAGAUCCUUCCUUUGAAAUGUUUUGUUGUUCUACGGAGUUACUGUAGUUGUGUGUUAAUAACUGCUGUGGUGAUUGGCAGUUUCUUGAUGUAUUUUUCCUGUUAUUGAGGAGUUUAAUUUCUGAAAGUUAAGGCUAUAGCCACCUGUACUUGUAAGCCUUGUUUUUUGGUCCUGGUAUGUCCAAAAUGUUUGUCUUAUGGGUUUCUUUGGUUUGGGUUUUGUGGGGUUAUUGGGGAGGUUGGGUUUUGGUUGGUUGGGGUUUUUUUAUGUUUUUGGAAAGAAUACUCAUGCUGUUUGAGGCACUGUUCUUUCUUCUAAUAAUUAUAUGCUUCUGUGGUAGAGGUGAUGCUGAACUCCGCUGAAUGCAGGGAACAGCUGAGAGAUAAAACUGUAAAACUGUAUUUGGGAGUUCUGUAAUUAUCUGUACUGCCAGGAGGUAGCCCUGCCUUUGGCAAUGUUACGGUUCUGUUUCUUGUCCUUGUGUUGUUACUGGUAUAAAGUCAAGUGCCUUCAAUGCUAAAGGCUCAGAAAACUUUCUUAAACUGACUUCGUGUCCUAUGCAAGUGUUUUUUCUACAACCUGCAUAACCAGUACUUUGUAAAACUUGUUUACGCUUCAAUUGUACAUAGUGUUUUUUAAAAAAAAUAGUAUUUUUAUUUAGGUACCUCCAGACUUGAAUUCUAGUCUUGUGUGAUGCAUUGUAAAACAAUACAUUUCUCUUUUGAGUACCAUUACAGUUGUAAAAAGGUUUUCACUGGUUCUAUUUUUCUACUGUUGCUGAGAAGCAUGUAACACUGACUUUAUCCUACAUAUAGUUGGCAUUUCAAAUAAAUGGCUUGU